GCCUGCGGCGGGGACACGUGUGCGGGAGGGAAGCAGGAAGUGACUUCGGCGGUGGAGCCGGCGAGCCGCAGCGGGGCUGAUGGCAGUGGAGUGGGGGCGUGAGAGGGCAGCCUACCGUAUCCAGCAUGCUCCGAGGCCACAGCGCUGUGUUCCAGGCCUUGCUGGGGACCCUCUUCACCUGGGGGCUGACGGCCGCCGGGGCGGCUCUCGUGUUCAUAUUCUCUAGUGGGCAGAGGCGGAUCCUAGAUGGAAGUCUUGGCUUCGCUGCAGGGGUCAUGCUGGCAGCCUCCUACUGGUCCCUCCUGGCCCCAGCGGUCGAGAUGGCCACGUCCUCCGGGGGCUUCGGUGCCUUUGCCUUCUUCCCCGUGGCGGUGGGCUUCACCCUCGGUGCUGCGUUCGUCUACUUGGCCGACGUCCUGAUGCCUCAGCUGGGUGCGGCGGAAGACCCCCACACGGCCCUGGCCCUGAACUUGGACCCCGCGUGGAUGAAGAAGUCUGAUGCCGAGAGUCCCCGGCUGCUCCUCCCUGCCAGCGAACUGUCCAUCCGGAUCGGGGGCGCGGGGCUCCUUCCAGGCAAGCUCCCCGCUGCAGACCCCGGGCUGAGCCAGGCAGGACAGACCGGGGCCUGGGGGCAGGAGGAUGGCGGGAAGGGCCAGGGCCUCGGGCCCACGCCUCCUCAUGACUCACCCCACCAUGCACAGGGCCGGACCGGCAUCGGCCCCGGCCUUCCUGUCUCACUUAUUCUCCAAACCACCUGCUUGCUGCACGGGAGGUCACCGUGCCUUUUGGUUGUCUUUCCAGUUGGGACAGCGGACAAGGACCCCUCGGGUGGGACCGGGCUGGUUUGGGUUAGAGCGUGUGGGCAUUUGUCCCUGUGUCUCCCCCUCUCGGACGGACCCUGAGUGAUCCUUCCGGGU